AUGCUGUGUAAUUCAACUUUGGAACUGAUUCGGUUUGUUAUAAAAAUUAAUAUAGUAGCGGUAUGCACAUUUCCUGUUUUUGAUCCAGAGAAUAUGAAAGAAGAUAUUAUUGAUUGCACUUCAAAGGUGAGGGAUGUUCUAGACAGUAAUGCUGAAUUGUCUCAGGAGUCGGAAUUGUUGCUUAGUGAGAUAAAUAAGCUCACAAAGUUUCUUCAUCUCAUGGUUGCCGAAAGAGCCAAACUUCAACAAGAGAUCAAUAAUUUUAUAAGCAAUUAUUUUGGUGACUUCGAUUACCGGAUUACUAAAGAAGGAGUCUUCUAUCCGAAGGAUUCAUCUACCUUAAAUAAGUCCAUUGCCUUUCAUUCGUCCCAUAAGCCGGUGACUGAACCACGCGUUUUCAAUGGAGUUAGUCAGAAAGGAAAACGAAUCUCCAAGGAUAAGCUUGACAUUUUAGAGAAAUGGUUUGAUGUCAACCAGCAUCAUCCCUAUCUUACACAAGGUGCCUCGCUCAAUUUGGUGUCGAGAACAGGAUUGUCUUACAACCAAGUUCGAAAUUGGAUUUCGAAUAAGAGACGUAAAGAGAAAACAUGUCAUGUAUCGAAAGAGUUAAAAGAGUUAUUGUCAUAA